AACGUGGGAAUGGGGAUUCAGCCACCUAGCCGAGUGAAAUAGCCGGUAGCCCUAAACUUGUACUCCGUAAAACACAGCCCGUUCUGCCAAAACAAACAAGAAUGGCGGAAGUAGAAGAGUCGAAGAAAUCAGGGGAAGAACAUCAGCAAGAAGGAGAAGAAAAUGAAGGAGUUAAAGAGGAAAUGAAGCCAUGGGAGCAACACUCUGCUAUCAUAAGUAUUCCUCGCUUUGAUUACAACGCUCCUUCUUUUCUCCUCCAACAUUCUCAUUCCGGCUUCCUCAUUACUUGCCCUAUCAAGAGGGAGAAGAGUGCAACAAAAGAAGCCAUAUCCAUUCUUGGAAAGUAUAUUGAUCCCAGUGGUAAUAACUGCUUGGGAGCGUCCGAUUCCAGUGAAGAUGUUAAAAAGAGGAAAUUAGGCCAAGGGGAGGGAGCCUCUAACAUAACUAGCGAAAGUGAGUUUUCAAAAGAUGGAUCUCAAUCUUUUGGAGCAACUGAUGAUUCUGUCAAACAAACUCCCAGUCUUUUGCUGGUAAAGGUGACAAGAAAUGGCCUUGUUCUCUUUACUUUCCCCAAAGGCAGUUCUUUCGAUCCAGUCAGCAUAGUCACCGAUGUAAAUCAAUCCUUAGAAUCAGGAGCAUUAAAACGACCACUCUGGUGCAAUCGAAUUUUCCCAAUUCAAGCUACUUGUAGGUUGAACGAAACGGAAGUCAGUACCACUGUGUUAAAUCUUGUUCUCAAGUUUGUUGAAGACAAAAGUAACAGGUCUUCUAGACCUCUAAAGUUUGCAGUUAGCUACUGUAGAAGAGGAAUCGAGGAGACAGAGUUAAAAAUUGCGAAAGAUAAAAUCAGUGAUCCUAAUCUUUGUGCUUUGCUAGAUCGGAACAAGUGCUUCGCCAUUGUAGCUGCUGCUGUAAAAGAGGCUGUAUCAGAUUCAUCCGUGGACCUUAAAUCCCCAGAGAUUUGUAUUUUCAUUGAGCUACUUCCCCUAUAUGGGAUGCCAAAGGGUUCACUGGUUGUUGCAGUCUCAGUCCUUUCUCAAGACCUUGUUAGCACUAAGCCACGGCUAUGUGUUAAGUCUUUGGUCCUUGACCCCAAAGCUAAAAAACAAGCGCCUCAAACUAGUUAGCUCAACAUCCUCUUAUCAACAGUGUCAAAGACUCAAAGAAGGGGUUGUCAUAGGAAAUUUUCCUAGUGAAAAUUGCAGCCAAAGUUUAUGAUCUGAAGUGCUAGCUUAAACUACAGUCAUGUGUGUCAGACAGAGCACUUACAACCGAGAACAACACAAAUUUCUUGAGGUCAUUUUUGUGUAAUUUAGCUGUUAGAUAGGCUGGUUUAUCUAACGAGGAUGAUGAGUGAAGCUUAUUGUAAGUUCAUGUAUGGAGUUUUUGUACGUAAUAUUAUUGUCUAUUGGAGAGAAAUGAAGGCUGUGGGGUAUUCCUGUUUGUGGAAA